AUGACAAUCCCCGAAUACUCCUUCUUCAAUAUCGUCGACGGCGCGCGCCGGCCGGCUGCCGCUACCACUGACGGCGCUGCCCAGACGCACCACAGCGUCGACCCGCGAAACGAAGAGGAGCUCUGGCCAUGCCCCAUUGCCACGACGCAGGACCUCGACGACGCCAUUGCGUCGGCCAACGCGGCGUUCUCGUCCUGGUCGCAGACGACACUGGCUGAGAGGCAAAAGCUGCUUGUGCGCAUAGCCGACCAGAUCAAGGCGCACGAGGACGAGCUGACGGACAUCCUGCGGCGCGAGACGGGCAAGUCGAAAAUCGUCGCGGCCGUCGAAAUCACCAACACGAUCGACCAGACCAUGUACUACUCGACCACGGGCCUCGAGGACGAGGUGCAGUACGAGGACGACGACGUGCAGAUCCUGGCCACGCACCCGCCCCUGGGCGUCGUCGGCGCCAUCUGCCCGUGGAACUUCCCCCUGAUCCUCUGCAACCUCAAGGUGAUCUCGGCGCUCAUCACCGGCAACUGCGUGAUUGUCAAGCCCAGCCCCUUUACGCCCUACACCGUGCUGCGCUGGAUCGAGCUGUGCAUCGAGCUGCUGCCCAGGGGCGUGCUGCAGGCCGUGAACGGCGGCGCGGACCUGGGCGCCCGCAUGACCCAGCACGCCGGCAUCCACAAGAUCAGCUUCACGGGCACCAUUGCCACGGGCAAGCGCGUCAUGGCCAGCUGUGCACAGACGCUGAAGAAGGUGACGCUCGAGCUCGCGGGCAACGACGCCGCCAUCGUGUUUGCCGACGUCGCCGACGAGCCGGGCCGUCUGGACACCGUGGUGGCGCAGACCGUCGGGGGCGCCUUCUUCAACGCGGGCCAGAUGUGUGUGGCCACCAAGCGCGUGUACGUGCACGCGUCCAUCUACGACGCGUUCUUGGCCAAGUUUGUCGCCGAGACCAACAAGAACUACGCGCCGGCCGUGCCCGCAGCCGAUGCCACCGACGACGCGCGCCGGGGCGACGACAGCGUGCCGACCGUCUUUGGCCCCGUCUCCAACAAGAUGCAGUACGACAUUGUGCGCAGCAUUUUGGAGGAUGCCAAGGCCGACACAGGCGGCGGCAAGAUUGUGGCGGGUGGCGAGGUGCUCGCGGGCAACGGCUUCUGGAUCCAGCCGACGGUCGUGGCCGAGCCGGCCGACGACUCGCUGCUGGUGCGCGAGGAGCAGUUUGGGCCCAUCAUCCCCGUGCUCAAGUGGACGACGGACGACGAGGUGGUGGCGCGGGCCAACCUUGCGAAUGCAGGACUCGGCGCGAGCGUCUACUCGACCGACGUGGCCAAGGCGCGCCGCCUGGCCGACCGGCUGGAGGCCGGGUCCGUGUGGAUCAACGCGAGCGAACAGCCGAAUGUGCGCGCGUGGUUCGGCGGCUUCAAGGACAGCGGCUUCGGCGGCGAGAUGGGCAGGCAGGGCCUGCUGUCGUAUGCGUACACAAAGAGCAUCCACAUCCCCAAGGACAAGAAGGCGGCGUCGUCUGCGUCGACAUCAGAGGCCAAGGAGGCGACGGUCGCCAGACCGGCCACAAAGCCGGGCACAGCGUCCAACCCGUUCUCGGCCCUCUUUUCAUGCUUCAAGUAA